UUCACCUCUCAGUGACAACGACUGUCUGAGCUUUACUUCCUCAGAGCUGAGAGUAGUUUGAGCUCUGAUCUAAACAACAUGUGUUUGUGCAGUGAAUGGGGCCUGUCAGCUCUCUCACUUCACCACCAUGUUGGUUCAAACUGUAGAUCUGAAGGGGAGGGAACAAGGAAAUACACAGACAGAAUGGAGCCGGCUGAGUUUGAGAGUAGGAAGAGGGGGGAGGGGUUAUUAGGCUUUGCUACAUUCCAGAAGGAGGAGCUGUUUGAGAGAGAUACUGUGUGUUUAUGAUAGAUGUUUACAAAAGGGGAAUGCAAAGGUCACACAUUUACAAACACAUAGGAAGAAUGAAACAAUAUAAUCAUAUGCAUGAAGAAGACAAAAUUUCCACCACAGUGUAGAGUAAUAUCAGUUGAGGUAAAGAAACAUCAUCAUGAGCAGUGACAGCCUCCAUGGUUAAACAGACACAGGAAGGAGCGCCACCUAAAGAAACUCAAACAUUUACAGCACAACUAAUGAGAAGAUGUCAAACUACCACCCAUAAUGUUUGACUGACAGUGACAAAAUGAAAAGCAAAAUCAGCUCUCAUCAGCAAUGAUAGAUACAAAAUAGGUUAAAGAAUUAAAACACAUAAGUUAACCCCCUAGAGUCUGUGCUCGUGCCGGUGCAGGUGUCGCAUGUUUUUAUUUUUGUUUUAGCCAUAGAAACACGCACAGAAAUCAUGUCAUAUCGCACUGGUUUAUGUCAGUCUCUUGACAUAAACCAAUGAUCCAAUGAUGGGUCUGUCCAGUGCCGUAGAAUAGAACAUCAUAAUUUAUCAUACUUUGAUCCUGUGUCUUCUCGUCCCUGUGUCCACACUUAUCUGUUUAUUUGAAAGGGCUUGGGCUGUUUAAUUGUUUUAUAUCAUCACACUAUUAUUAAUAUAAGCAGGGGAUGUUAAUACGAAGUUGUAACAGAUCUGCACUCCAAAGGAGAACCUUCAUCAGACUAUGCAGUAUCACCCACUACUGGAUUUGUAAGUUAAUGAACUGUAAUUAAAGCUUUGAUUAGCUGCUAUGAAACAACAUGAACCUCUUCUAUUCUAUAAUGCCUAUUAAUAUUGUAAUAUUAUAAUGACGGUAACAAGUAAUAUACAGUGUAUUAUAUUUUGAAAGUAACUUACCCAACACUGUAUAUCAUAUUUUAUAUAUUUCAUAUAAUUACUUAUAUAAUUAAUAUAAAAUGCAGUAUAAUACAUAUUAAGUAUGAUUCCUUAUCUCUGGAACUAUUUGAAACAUACCUUGUAAAGUUUUAAGUCUCACCAAGGUCGACUCAGCACUUAUCUGCAGCGUCCUCUCUCACACAGUGGUCCUGCAGCAUCACUGCUCCACCACCACCCAGUGCUCCUACAGUAGGUUACAAAUAUACAAGAUUACAUAUCUAAUACUGUUAUAGAAUAUAUGUUUACCGUGAUCAUUUGUAUAAUACAGUAAUACAUACAUACUUUUGGUAUUUAGAAUAAUUCCCCAUUUAGCCUGGUAUGUUUCACUUGUCAAAAUUACUUAUCUUGUGUUUUAAAUCUCAUUCAGGUCCUCAAACUUCCCUCUCCCUUUGCUAUCAAUGUAAUGUCGGCUGAGCUGUGACAUAUCAUAGACAGGUAUUAUAGACAGAAUCACAAAGCCUAAAAAAAACACACACCAUAAGUUAUGUUUUUGUUUCAUUUCACCUCUACUCAAUCAGGCAGCAAUGUUAAAUUUAACUGAGCUGAUAUCUAACUCAUAGCCUACUGGCUUGCAAAAAAUCAGGACUGGAAGCACUUUUCCCCCUAACUUCCCAAUUUUAGAUAAAAUGGUUUAGGAGACAAGACAAUUUAAAACUAAUAGGCUGUUUGUGGUUAGCAUUAUGUGUAUGUACAGUAUUUACAGUGUCUUAGCCUAAUCUGUUAUUUUAUCUUUUGACAUUUAGUUAAGUUGUGAUGAUAAUGUAAAAUUUGAGUCUUUAGACGUCUUACCCGUUAAAAGUGCAUGACAACCGGUCUUUUCUGCACUGCUAGCAUGUGCCGCUUACUUCCAAGAACUCUUGAGAGGCUCCACGAUCCGCCAUCGCUGUGAAAAAAAAUGGUCCAUUGGAGUGAACGGAAAUGACACGAGUCUCUAUUCAAGGGCUCUGGGUCUGUCUUGAAAAAAACUUGAGGGAAAGUGGCUCUUUGUCUUGCGACUUGCUGGAAUCACCGCUGCCAUUGGACGAUGCUCUCUCCAUUGCAGCUUCGUUGAGCCAGUUUCUUGACUCACAGGGUAGUCCAGCCCCUCUUACGGCGACGGGCUCCUCUCAUUCUUCAACACCCAGCUCUUAGCGGGGGUCUGAUGACUCCCCCAUUGGAGCGAUCAUCUGGGCAACCCUAGCACGUCUGCAGCUUGACGACCCAAGUCAAGUGCAGGCUCCAAGCACUUUCCAUAGGUGCAACCCUCCCUCAGUGAAGGUUACGGUAGCACAUUCUCCAGAUUUUUUAGAAGGAGCUGUAUUCCUGUUGGAGGGACACUUCAGCCCUCACCAGGCCGGGGUCGAAUGAGCGAGCUUUGGAUUCCAUAGAAAAUGCUGGGUCGGUUGGCCUUCUCCACAUGCUGGCGGUGGAACCUGCAAUCGCGGCCAUGAUUGUAGCUCUGGAUGAAGCAAUGAAAGCAGAUCCUAAGUGUCCUUCUGCUCAGUGUAAGGUCACGGAUGACUACAUCUGCAAGGCCUAUAACAUGGCAGCUCAGGUCGGCCGCCUUGGGAACACUCUUUCCCAUUUCCUCCUUGCCCACUCGACCUCCCUGCAGGAUGCGCAGGUGGACGAUUCCGUCCACGACAUCUGUGACGCGUCACUGCAGGCGGUUGCCUACCAGAUGAGGGAGCUGGGCUGACUGAUGUCGACACUUCCCAGCAGGAUAGCUGUGCUAUCCCUUGGGUCUGGCCACUGCAGGGCCUGACCCACUCCUGACUGGUUGCGCUGAGUCUGUCAGGAAUACCAUUUUGCAGGCUUGUGCGCCGUCCACCUGCCUCCAGUAUGAGAGCAAGUGGAGGUGGUUUUCUGCCUGGUGUGCAGGCAGGGGGGAGGAUCCUACUUCUUGUUCAGUGGCCACCAUUCUGGAGUUUCUCCAGUCUUUCCUGGAUGAUGGCCGCACUCCUCGACAGUGCGUGGAAGGAUGUGGAUGUGCCCCUUUUAUAUAAAUUCAUGAUCUGGUCUUCAUGGCAUUGAUUAGGCUCCAGCAAAUUGCUGAUUAUUGGAAGAAAGACCACCCUCUUUCUGUAUUAUCACCAGGAAAGAUCAUGUCACGGGACACCUUCAGGACCAUUUCGUGGGGCAUCCAUCUCAGCAAUCCAGCAGAUGAUGCAACAAAUGAACAGAAGAGGGCCACAGUGGGCUUUGAUAAACUGUGGUGUAAAGCCACUGAUGGACACAGUCAAAAUGGCUUGUAAAGCAUGCUACCAUUCCUGCCAGGAGUUGGCUGUCGACGAACGCAUGGUCACCACCAAGGCUAAGACAGGCAUGACGCGAUAUAUGAAAGCUAAACCCAUCAUUUGGGAAUUCAAGCUGUUUGUUUUGGCAGAUUCAUCCAAUGGCUACAUCGUGGACUUCAACAUGUACACCGGCAAAAGUGAAGUUGCAACAUGACCCUGUCAUGAAUCUUGUCAAACCGUCCUACCUUGGCACUGGAUACCAUGUCUAUGUCGACAACUUUUACCUCAGCCCCAAGCUUUUCAAAGCCCUUGAUGCCCAUAAGAGCGGUGCAUGUGGGACCUACAGGGAAACCCGGCAGGUCUGCCUGAGGCCUACCAUCAAUGCUCUCACCAAUCGAUCUGAGAGAGGUUCCAUCAGAUGGAUCCGGGAUGGCCCUGUGGUGUACACAAAGUGGAUAGAUACGAGACAGGUGGCUGUUUGCUCCACAAUCCACAGAGUGUACAAUGACAAGACAGGCAAGGUGAACAAGCUUGUGAAGACAGAUGCCGGCUUUCAGAGACAACAGUUCGACUGUCCCACUCCAGUGAUGGAAUACAACAGGUGCAUGGGUGGAGUAGAUCAGUCGGAUCAGCUGAUUCAGUACUACUCCGUCCAGCACAAAACCUAUCGCUGGUGCUGGCACCUUCUCUACCACUUCCUUGACAUCGCCACCACCAACUCCUACAUCCUCAACAAGGAGCUUCGAAAAGAGAAGCCAACAAUGCCAGAACUCACUCACAAGGAGUUCAUGGAGACCCUGGUUGCUGAGCUGUGGGAGGUGCCUCUCCAUAUUCCCCCUCCCAAGGCCUCUGACAGACAUCUCCCUGUCCCUUGCUGUGACCCUGGCUGUAACCCUCAGGCAGCCCUGCCACCCAGGGAUGCAAGUUCUUUGUGCUGUGUGCCCAGGCGGAAAAGGAGCAGAGAAACAAGGAAGAGAAAAAACAAAGGCCAAAGGACACACCAUGGAAGUGCGAGGCUUGUGAUGUCCCCUUCUGCAUACAGGUAGAGCGUAACUGCUUCCAUGAGUGUCACCAAGUGCCAAGAUGAACAAUUGACCCUGACUGACUGACUGAUUGAUUGAUCAAACAAUUGAUUCUGAUCGUGACAAAUUAUUCUAAUGUACCACAGUUAGGUAUUUGUUUGUUUGUUCAUUUGUUUGUUUGUUCAUUCCAGUGCAAAAUUA